AUGUAUUCCACUGGUGCGAAUCAAUACAAAGAGAAGUCCUCAAAAGAGUACUUCGAGGCCAGCGGAGGCGAUAACCCUGCGAAUAACCCUUCUGCUUCUUCGUCAUCUUCGUCUUCUACAUCAACAUCCGCCUCGUCAUCGGCCGCAGCCGUUCCACGCAAGGCCGCAGCCGCAUCCGCCGCUAAUGAGUCGGACUCAGAUGAAGAUAUUGAUCAAUUAAUUGACGAACUACAAUCUAACUACGGUGAAAGCAAUGAAUCCAGCGAGGAAGAGCUGCGCACUGACGGAGCGCAUGCUGGCGAAAGGGUUGUCCCUGAGAAAGACCUUUCUACAGAUCCUGCGUAUGGUUUGACUUCAGAUGAAGUCACAAGAAGAAGAAAGAAGUAUGGGCUGAACCAAAUGGCAGAGGAGAAUGAAUCCUCAAUCGUCAAGUUUUUAAUGUUUUUUGUGGGCCCAAUUCAAUUUGUUAUGGAAGCGGCUGCUAUUUUGGCCGCUGGUUUGUCUGAUUGGGUUGAUUUUGGUGUCAUCUGUGCUUUACUGUUAUUGAAUGCGUCUGUCGGAUUUAUUCAAGAGUUCCAAGCAGGCUCCAUUGUGGACGAGUUGAAAAAGACUUUGGCAAAUACCGCAACUGUUAUCCGGGAUGGUCAAUUGAUCGAAAUUCCGGCCAACGAGGUGGUUCCUGGUGAAAUUUUACAGUUAGAAAGUGGUACGAUUGCUCCCGCAGAUGGACGUGUCGUUACAGAAGAUUGUUUUUUGCAAAUCGAUCAAUCUGCUAUCACUGGUGAAUCUUUAGCUGCUGAAAAGCAUUACGGUGAUGAGGUGUUCUCAUCGUCCACCGUGAAAACCGGCGAGGCCUUUAUGGUCGUGACUGCCACUGGUGAUAAUACCUUUGUUGGCAGGGCAGCUGCCUUAGUAGGUCAAGCUUCUGGCGUGGAAGGUCAUUUCACCGAAGUCUUGAAUGGGAUUGGUGUUAUUUUGCUGGUUUUAGUAAUCGCUACUUUACUGCUGGUCUGGACGGCAUGUUUUUAUAGAACUGUCGGUAUUGUAAGUAUUUUGAGAUACACCCUUGGUAUAACCAUUAUAGGUGUUCCAGUCGGUUUACCGGCCGUUGUCACCACAACCAUGGCCGUCGGGGCUGCUUACUUGGCCAAGAAGCAAGCCAUUGUGCAAAAGUUGUCUGCUAUCGAAUCCCUAGCUGGUGUCGAGAUCCUGUGUUCUGACAAGACUGGUACUUUGACUAAGAACAAGUUAUCCUUGCAUGAACCAUACACCGUGGAAGGUGUAUCUCCAGAUGACUUGAUGUUGACUGCUUGUUUAGCUGCUUCUAGAAAGAAGAAGGGUUUGGAUGCUAUUGACAAGGCUUUCUUGAAGUCCUUAAUUGAGUACCCAAAGGCUAAAGAUGCUUUAACUAAGUACAAGGUUUUGGAAUUUCACCCAUUUGACCCUGUGUCGAAAAAGGUUACUGCCGUUGUAGAAUCUCCAGAAGGUGAAAGAAUUGUUUGUGUCAAGGGAGCUCCAUUGUUCGUUUUGAAAACCGUCGAAGAAGAUCACCCAAUCCCAGAAGAUGUCCAUGAAAACUACGAGAACAAGGUUGCAGAAUUAGCCUCUAGAGGGUUCCGUGCUUUAGGUGUUGCCAGAAAAAGAGGUGAAGGUCAUUGGGAAAUUUUAGGUGUUAUGCCAUGUAUGGAUCCACCAAGGGAUGACACUGCCCAAACAAUAAACGAGGCUAGAAACCUUGGUUUAAGAAUCAAGAUGCUAACCGGAGACGCCGUUGGUAUUGCCAAGGAAACUUGUAGGCAAUUAGGACUCGGAACAAACAUAUAUAACGCAGAAAGAUUAGGUCUAGGAGGCGGCGGAGAUAUGCCUGGUUCAGAGUUGGCAGAUUUUGUUGAAAACGCAGACGGUUUUGCCGAGGUUUUUCCACAGCAUAAGUUUAGGGUGGUGGAAAUUUUGCAGAAUAGAGGAUAUUUAGUGGCUAUGACUGGUGAUGGUGUUAAUGAUGCUCCGUCUUUGAAGAAAGCAGAUACGGGAAUUGCCGUCGAGGGCGCCACAGAUGCCGCUAGAUCAGCCGCUGACAUUGUUUUCUUGGCUCCCGGUCUCUCUGCUAUUAUUGAUGCUUUAAAGACUUCGAGACAAAUUUUUCACAGAAUGUACUCCUACGUUGUCUACCGUAUUGCUUUGUCCUUACAUUUGGAAAUUUUCCUGGGUUUGUGGAUUGCUAUUUUGAACAACUCAUUAGAUAUUAACUUGAUCGUUUUUAUCGCAAUUUUUGCAGAUGUCGCCACAUUAGCCAUUGCUUAUGAUAAUGCCCCUUACGCGCCUCAACCUGUAAAAUGGAAUCUACCGAGAUUAUGGGGUAUGUCUAUUAUUUUGGGUAUUGUUUUAGCGAUAGGUUCUUGGAUUACUCUAACCACGAUGUUCUUGCCCAAUGGUGGUAUCAUUCAAAAUUUUGGUGCUAUGAAUGGUGUGAUGUUCUUACAAAUUUCAUUGACAGAAAACUGGUUGAUUUUUGUCACUAGAGCUGCUGGUCCAUUUUGGUCUUCUAUUCCAUCGUGGCAGUUAGCGGGUGCCGUCUUCGCUGUUGAUAUCAUUGCUACGAUGUUUACCUUAUUUGGUUGGUGGUCUGAAAACUGGACUGAUAUUGUCUCCGUCGUGCGUGUAUGGAUCUGGUCCAUCGGCAUAUUCUGUGUGUUAGGAGGAUUUUACUAUGUGAUGUCCACGUCUCAAGCUUUUGAUAGGUUGAUGAAUGGUAAGUCAUUAAAAGAAAAGAAAUCUACUCGGAGUGUCGAAGACUUCAUGGCUGCAAUGCAAAGAGUUUCUACUCAACAUGAAAAGAGCAGUUAG